GGUGUAUGUGGAUGUGACAGAUACAUAACUGGUUCGAUUAGGGAUGUUCUUCGGACAAUAGUAAAGAAAGAUGGAUACAGGGGGCUUGUGAGGGGGUGGUUACCAAGGAUGCUCUUCCAUGCUCCUGCUGCUGCAAUUUGUUGGUCAACUUAUGAAGCUGGAAAAUCCUUCUUCCAAGAAAUAGAUAGUGGUAGCAACAAUAGCAAUGACACCUGA